AUGGCAGGCACCCGGAUCCUGACCGUGCAGAGCGAAGCAGAUUCAAGCGUCCUGUCUCCCGAACUGCAGAAGAUGGCUGCCGACGAACUCGGUGAAGACUCCCGAAAGAGAGACGCAUGCCUGUCCAGGCUCAGAAACCUCAUCCAAGCCGAGACCGGCUUGCAGUCCAGGCUGGACGACGAGUUCCUGCUGCGGUUCCUGCGCACCAAGAAGUUCAAGGUGGAGGUGGCCUUCAAGACGCUGCGCAACUACUACAGGCACCGGCGGGAGUCCCCCGAGAUCUUCACGGGGCUUAGGCCCUCCAAGCUGAAGCACGUCUACCAGGCCAACGGACAGAUGCGCCUCGCGGACAGGGACCCCCAGGGGAGGCCCGUCUUCGUGCUUAGGAUAGGCUGCUGGAAACCAAGUGACUACGACUACUACCAGCUGCGCAAGGCCAACAUGCUGUGCCUGGAACACAUCUGCCUGGACCCAGCGGUUCAAGUGAACGGACUCGUCUGCAUUCUGGACUGCAGAGGAUGGGGACUUCAGCACUUACUCGCCUUUCCAAUCUCGCAAGUGCGCAAGACCAUCGACCUCCUGCAGGACUGCCUGCCAGCGCGCUUCAAGGCGGUCCACGUGGUCUACCAGCCGUCCGUUUUCAACGUUUUCUUCUCGUUGGCGAAACCCUUCCUCACCAGCAAGAACAUCAAUAGGAUACAAAUCCACGGAUCUGACAUGAGUUCUUUGCACAAGCACCUGCCUCCCAGCAUCCUGCCGGAAGAGUACGGUGGACUGCACGGUUCGUUCGACAACUCCAAGUACUGCCAGUGCCUGUACGACCACGAAGCCAGCUUCAUACAAGACAUGAAGUACGGCUACCUCAAGUGAA